AUGUGGCAGCUCAAGAUGGAGGCCAUUCUUGUUCAAGACGGAGUUGAUCUAGCGAUUCACGGAAUCGAGAACAAACCAGAAGAUGUCAAGGAUGCGGAUUUCGCCGAUAUGGAUAAGAAGGCCAGAUCCAGCAUAAUCUUAAACCUCUCCGAUGAGGUAUUGCGUGAGGUAGCAACGGAGACUUCGGCCAAGGCUAUGUGGGAUAAAUUGAAAGCCUUGUAUUCAGGUGGAGACGGAGUUCUCAAAAUUACUCGAGGAGCUCUUGUUGUUAUGAAGGCACACAGAUCUGGUACUUUGUAUAUUUUGCAGGGAUCUACUGUUACAGGUGCUGCUGCUGUUUCAACAUCAUCUUUGUCAGAUACAGACAUCACCAAAUUAUGGCAUAUGCGUUUGGGGCACAUGAGCGAAAAAGGCUUAGGCAUACUAAGCAAAAGGGGACUUCUUUGUGGUCAAAGUACCGGGCCAUUGGAAUUCUGUGAACAUUGUAUUUUUGGGAAGCAGAAAAGAGUCAGCUUCAGUUCACCAGCAAUUCACAAGACAAAAGGUACUCUCGAUUACAUUCAUUCAGAUCUAUGGGGUCCUUCUCGUGCUCCUUCUAAAGGUGGUGCCAGCUUCAUCAGCACAAGUACUUCUGCUGUUGAUACAUACUCUUAUGAGUCCAUUAAGGGAGCCUAUUGGCCCUCGGGUAGAUUUUCAUAUCUUCCACCAUCAGCCAUAGAUACUACUUUGUUCACUCACGUCUACUAUGCAUUUCUUUUGCCUAAUAAUGUCACGUCUAAGUUUAUGAUAGACAAUUCAACAGCUCUUCAGCUUGUGAACUUCACAUCAACUCUCCAUUCCAAGAAGCCACCGGUCAAGGCUCUUUUCUCCACGGGUGGAGGAGGCGAUCUUCCAUUUCAAUUUUCACAGAUGGCCUCAACUCCUUCUCUUCGCAGGAACUUCAUCCUGUCUACCAUAGAAGUUGCUCGAAAAUUCGGGUUUGAUGGAAUUGAUCUUGAUUGGGAGUACCCACAAAACCCUCAAGAAAUGCAGGAUUACGCCAUUCUGCUAGAAGAAUGGAGGGCCGAGGUCAUAAAGGAGUCUGAGGCAACAAAUUGUCCUCAACUCUUGCUGUCUGCAGCUGUUUACUUUUCUGCCAACUUUUUCCUACAUGGGCCGUUCAGAACAUAUCCAGUAGCUUCGAUUAACAAGAAUUUGGAUUGGAUCAAUGCCAUGUGCUACGACUAUCAUGGGUCAUGGGAACCUACAAUUACAGGUUCCCAUUCAGCACUAAUUGACCCCAAAAGUAAUAUCAGUACCAGCUAUGGUUUGGAAUCCUGGAUCAAGGCUGGAAUCUUGAGAAGCAAAUUGGUGAUGGGAUUGCCGCUUUAUGGCAAAACUUGGACGCUAAAGGACCUUAUGGAUAGUGGCGUGGGAGCGCCGGCCAUUGAUGUUGGUCCUAGUGGAGCUGGUGGAAAAGGAGUACUGUUUUAUUAUGAAGUGGAGGAUUUCAACAAGAAGAAUAAUGCAACUGUUCAAUUUGAUUUAGGGACACUAUCAACUUAUUCAGUAGCUGGGAAUAUAUGGAUUGGGUACGAUGAUAGUAGAUCGACAGCAUUGAGGAUUGCAUUUGCUCAGGCUCUUAGGCUUCGUGGCUACUUUUUCUGGGCUCUGAGCUUUGAUCGAGACUGGCAAAUAUCAGAAACAGCCAAAAGAAGUUUCACAGUGACCAACUUCUAG